UUUGAGACUGCGAGUGAUAUCAAUCUUCAAAAGGUGAUAAUCAAAUGAGAAAUGUGAACGUUAAAAGGUAAAUUAAAUGUCAAUCAUAGUUUUUGAAAAAUACUUCAUUAAUCGUAAGUUUCAUACGUCAUGUUCUUGAUCUUUGAUAUCAACUUUUCUUCAGUGCAUUAUGUCGUUUUCAAAAACAGUAUCAUCUAUCGCGCAGAGCAUUCGCUCAAGCUGAGUUAAAUUCUCUGGAUAUUGCAUAAUGUAAACUGGUACAUUUUUUGCCCCUAACUUGACUAUAAAUAUCAAGAAAAAUGGAAUUUGAUAACGAGAACAGCAUAAUGGAUGAAAAUUACUACGCUUGUCUCAAUAUAUCCAAAGAUGCCUCUCAAGACGAAAUCAAUGCAGCUUAUCGUCGGCUGAGUCGAAUGUAUCAUCCGGAUAAACAUGUAGAUGCUGAUCUAAAGAAGAAAGCUGAUUUACUGUUUAGUAAAAUUAAAAAAGCUUACGAAGUUCUGAGUGAUCCUCAUCAAAGAGCUAUUUAUGAUACGGUUGGAGUGAAAGGACUGAAUACCGAUGGUUGGGAGAUCGUUCAAAGAACAAAAACUCCCCAAGAAAUUAGAGAAGAAUAUGAAAGACUCGAAAGGGAACGUAUAGAAAGAAGGUUGCAACAACGCACCAAUCCACGAGGAAAUGUUACUGUCAGUAUCAACGCUACAGAUUUAUUCACCGCUUAUGACGCUGAUGAUGAUUAUUUGGAUAAGUCGUUUUUUCCCGCCUUAGAAAUCUCAGGUAUGUCAAUAUCUCAGUCAAUCGAAGCUCCUUUGACGUUAAGAGAUACGUUGACUUUAAGCGGGAAUUUAUCCACUCGAAAUGGCAACGGCGCCGGCUCUUUCUUGGUUGCAUGUAAACGUCUAUUAACUACGAACGGCUGGAUAGAAGGUGAAUUAUUGGCCGGAAAUGGCCCAGUAGCUUCGAUUAAAUUAUUUCGUACCAUUACCAAAACUAUUUUUGGAAAUUUCGCUACUCAGCUCAAAAUGACUGCCAAUGGAAUCAAAUUAGGAUUUGUAUCAUCUUUAGGAAUGCCCCUAGAUGCCCAUACUCAAGGAUAUCUUACUUGGAAUAUAGGUUUUGCUUCUUCUAUGACUACGAUGUUAGUACGCGAUACAGAAACAUCUUAUUCUGCAGCUGUGUUCAGCUUAGGCUUAUCUAGUUCAUUUGUAUCUAUGAAUCACGUAUGGAAAAUCAAUAAAGCCGAUUUACGAUUGCGAGUGUAUGGAAAGGUAGGAACUGCGAAUACAGUAGUCGAAUGUAGCGUAGAUAAAAAAGUUUCCGAACAGAGUUCCUUAGGUGCUGCUGUUUCUGUUGGCAUACCCAGUGGUGUUGUACUUAAAAUUAAGAUUAUUCGUGCACAUCACAAUUACUUCUUUCCUAUUCAUUUGUGCGAAGAACCCAGUUUGAUUCCUACAGUUUAUGCAGUCGUUACUCCCAUUAUUGUUUGGUUUGCUGUGAAAAAAUUAAUCGUUGAUCCUUUCGUUAGAGAGCAAAAGGAGAAACAUAUUGAAAGGCAAAGAGAAAUUAAUAAGAACAAAAUGGAAGAAAAAAGAAGAGAAGCGAACGCUGCUAUUGAAUUAAUGAAAGCUGCUUAUGAAAGAAUUCGUCGCGAAGAAGAAAAUCGUAAUGGUUUGAUAAUACUGAACGCUUUGUAUGGAAAAGAGGCUGAUAUUUUAGCUAGAAAUGAUCCUCCCGGAGAUCAAGAAAGAGAAAUAAUUGAUGUCGUUAUUCCGCUGCAAUGUCUUGUGAAAAAUUCUCAACUUACUCUUCACGAUACUUCAAAAAGCCAGUUGUCCGGCUUUUUCGACCCUUGCGUAGGAGAAGAUAAAGUAUUAUAUAUUCAAUAUUUAUAUCAUUCUCAUCUCUUCGAAACUACAAUUAAAGAUAGAGAAGGAAUAAGAAUACCAAAACAAUCACAUCGAGUAAACGUUACUUGACCUUAGAGAAGAAAUUUCUAGUAGUGAUAUUACCAAUAUUACGGUUUUCUGUUCAACAUUGUUUUGUAAUAAAUAGUUCAUUAUUUAAUAAAUUGUUGUAGAAAUCGA